AUGAGCGCUACUACCACCAUCACAGCAUCCCCCCGGAUCACGGCGGAAAAUGUUUCCUCCCUCUUCCCUGAUGUCGAUACGUCCCUGGCUCGUGAGAUCUUCCCCGCGGCAAAUAGUAACCCCUCCGCACGGGACAGUAGCGACCUGGCGGGGUACGAUGAAGAGCAGGUCCGCCUGAUGGAAGAGGUGUGUAUCGUUUUGGAUGAUGAUGAUAAGCCUAUUGGAAGUGCGAGUAAGAAGACAUGCCACCUGAUGACCAACAUUGACAAGGGACUUCUUCAUCGUGCCUUCUCUGUCUUUCUUUUUGAUUCGAAUAACCGUCUGCUUCUUCAACAGCGUGCUACCGAGAAGAUCACCUUUCCUGACAUGUGGACGAAUACCUGCUGCUCUCAUCCUCUGGGAGUUCCUGGAGAGACCGGCGCUGAGCUGGAUGCUGCCGUGUUGGGUGUGAAGCGGGCUGCUCAGCGGAAAUUGUACCAGGAGCUUGGAAUUAAGGCAGAACAAGUCCCGCUGGAUAAAUUCGAGUAUUUCACGAGAAUACACUACAAGGCCCCUAGUGAUGGAAAGUGGGGUGAACACGAGAUCGACUAUAUCCUUUUCAUCCAAGCCGAUGUGGACUUGGAUGUUAACCCGAACGAAGUUCGCGACACACGUUUCGUUUCGGCUGAUGAAUUGAAGCAAAUGUUUGAGCAGCCGGGGUUGAAGUUCACACCCUGGUUCAAGCUCAUUUGUAACUCCAUGUUGUUUGAAUGGUGGAACCACCUGGGUACUCCGACAUUAGAGAAGUACAAAGGCGAGAAGGAGAUUCGCAGGAUGUGA